GGAGGACAAAGCCUCGGGGCCUAGACUUCACGUUGCUGUACUCUCAGCCUGGCGACCGCUGAGGCAUCAUUGACUUGCGCCGCGAGGUCGUCACUUUCCUUUUCUUUCUCCGGGAGCACUAUGUGUUCGCGGGUCUCCCCAGAACACGGUCAUGACGUCCCUCUGGAGAACCGCCCGGGCACUUGAACGAAGAUCGCCCGCCCUCCUCCCGUUGCUGUUUGCGGUCCCUCUCCCUGCGGCGAGACGAUGGCGGAGUGUCCCGUCAGGAAAGGGUGGAGAAAACCUGCGAAGUGGCUUUGCGAACCACUGGGAACAAAUCCAACACCUCCGCUCUGACCUCGAAUCACAACAAGACCGCGAUGCCUCCAACCCCGAUGCUCGCCGGCCUCGUCAGCGAGAAGAUAGGCCACGAUACGAUAGAUUCAGGCGACUGGUCAAUUCACGUUUUGAAUUUCUGGCGCGAUCGGGCGAUCUCCGAGACCUAAAGGGUCUUGGAAUAGAGUCCCCCAAAGAUGUGGAAAAGGAGGCGAAUCUCUUCCGAGCCGUGAUCAAGAAAUCUCUUGAUUUGGCCGCACACAAGGGACAGACUUCAAGACAGGAGAACCCAUUUUUCUGGAGCUGGCGAAACGCGUUCGUCACCGGCGAUAUCCAGGGUCUCCAGACUGAGAUCAAGUACUCUUUCACCAGUUUUCUGGUCAGGCAACACCUGUCAGGAGAGGCCCUCGCUGUUCACGAAAAAAUUGCCGAUAUGCGCUAUCCACACGAAUGGUUCCCGGCCACGAGGAGUAUGCAGCGAACGAUACAUCUGCACGUCGGUCCGACGAAUUCGGGAAAGACAUACCGCGCCUUGAAAGCGUUGGAAGAGGCCAAGACUGGUGUCUAUGCCGGGCCACUGCGACUCCUGGCUCAUGAGGUCUUCUCACGGUUCAAGGCAAAGGGCAAGCGCUGCGCGUUGAUCACCGGGGAGGAGCAGAGGAUCCCCGAGGGCGAUGAAAGCUACUUCGCAAGCUGUACGGUCGAGAUGACCCCCCUAAACCAGCGUGUUGACGUCGCCGUGAUCGAUGAGAUCCAGAUGAUUGGAGAUGAAUUUCGAGGGUGGGCUUGGACGCAGGCACUGCUUGGCGUCCAGGCCAAAGAGGUUCAUCUCUGUGGCGAAGAGCGGACUGUGCCUCUCAUCGAGGACAUAUGCGCCAAGCUUGGGGACGAGCUCAUUGUCCACCGAUAUAAGCGUCUCAGCGGCCUGCAGCCCAUGACAGAAAGUCUCAAGGGCAGUUUCAAAAACCUGCAGAAAGGCGACGCGGUCGUGUCCUUCUCGAGAGUCAAUCUGCACACACUCAAGGCGGGCAUCGAGAAGUCAACCGGGAAGAAGUGUGCUAUUGUCUACGGGUCCUUGCCCCCCGAAAGUAGAGCUCAGCAGGCUGCCCUGUUCAACGACCCCAACAAUGACUACGACUACCUGGCUGCAAGCGAUGCUAUUGGCAUGGGUCUCAAUUUGGAAAUCAAGCGGGUCGUCUUCGAGGCUGUCGCCAAGCACGACGGCAUCAAAGUUCGAACGCUGACAGUACCGGAGCUCAAGCAGAUUGGAGGUCGCGCAGGAAGAUACAGGACUGCAGCGCAGGCAGCUGAGGCCCCCGCUGCCACGCCGGCGUUGCCGGUAACAAGCGGGGAUUUUUCUUCUGAGCCAGAAGCACCUCCUCCGAAGAGGGGAGAACCAGGCCUCGUGACCACAUUGGAAGAUGACGAUCUCGAAGUCGUCCAUGGCUCCUUCGAAAAAGAAGCUGAGCCUCUGCAGACGGCGGGGAUUUUCCCACCCACCUUCCUCAUCGAGCGCUUUGCGUCCUUCUUUCCACCCGCAACACCGUUCUCCUUCAUACUCCUUCGUCUGCGCGAUAUCGCUCGGCUUUCGCCGCAUUUUCACAUGAGCAACUUCAGGGACAAUAUCGCCAUUUCCAACCACCUACAGUCCAUCCCGCUUAGCAUUCAAGACCGGUUGAUGUUCCUCACCUCGCCAGCAACGCUGAAGGAUCAUGGCAUGAAGGACAUACUGCGGGCCUUGGCGCGAUGUGUGGCGAACAACGAAAACGGCCACCUGCUUGACAUCAAAGAGAUGAACCUUGAGAUACUGGACUACAGCCGCGAUACCUACCCAGCAGGCAAAGUCGAAUACCUGAGACACCUGGAGGCCCUGCACAAAGGCCUGGUGCUGUACCUCUGGCUGAGUUACCGCUACGUCGGCAUCUUCCAGAGCCAGGCGCUUGCAUUCCACGUCAAGGCCCUGGUGGAGGAGAAGAUCGACGACUACCUGGCCAACCUCGACUACUCGCCCCAGCUCAGAAAGGUGCGGGUGCAGCAGAUACGGAAGGAGGCUGCCAAGAAGGCACGCCAGGCCAGAACUUUGCUGGACUAUGAAGAGGAGGACCGCCGGGGAAAGCGCGAGGUACAGCCCGAGGCACAACAGCAGACAGUCGGCGACUGGACACGGGAGGGCCAUGACGAGCCGCUUCUCAACGGCUUGGGCAAGGACGAGCAGAUCCCACCUACGCAUGGCCCUACCCCAUGAGCCUCGCCCUCCUCUCCUCGCUUGGUCGAAUUGGAGUCAGGAAACGGGUGCGCACCUAGGUACUUGCCCAUGUCUGUUACAUGUAUGUAUGUGCAAGACCUGAGUAGAUGGUCACCACUGAUAAGUGCUGGCGUGAGCCUGCAUUGUAUCAUAUACGUAUAUUUAGAUUUUGUAUAUGAGAAUCACAAUUCAUGAUA